AGUAGGCUUUGGAACGGUCCUCAAUGUGCCUAUACAUAGCACUUUAAAGUUUUGUUCACUUUCGGGGCUAACCUCAGGGACAACAGUUCGGUACACCAACACCAUAAAUUCCAAAUUCAUCUAUCCGUGUUUUGUCGUUUGCCGUUCACCAUUUUCCGGAGCUACCCAUCCCCUUCAGCAGGAUGCAUAAUUCGGACGACGUACCCUUCAAUCCAUUCUACAUUGGUCCGCAUCCAAGCAAGGCGUGCGCUGCACCUGAGGUUCCCGGCCAGCAGUGCUCACCAGACUGUCAGGAUGGCCACGAGGACUCGGCCAACCAGGCGCCGGCGGCACCGCCAGCGGGACAGGCUGGUGGACUUCUAAUAAUAGGCAUGGUGGGUCCGACUGGUGGUGUAGCUACCAUAUUUAGCACCACGGAGGCGCAGGUUGCCGCCGCAAAAGGUGCAUCUCCAGAUAAUCCCUGCCCUGGAAAGAUGAUAGAUUGCAUGCAAGGCGGGAAAGGUUCGGAAAAACCUUGUGAAUAGGCGGCGGCAAACCAUCCAUCUGAUCCUGACACUGAAAUUCCAAAUCCGCAGUAAUAACAUCGAAGUUAGUCCCAAUAAAGUAAACAAAAAAAUCCAAU